AUGAGUGCCACCACCAAUCAAUGGGCAAGACUCUCUGGUGCCCAAGUGAGUAGUCAACUCAAAAUUCCUCAAGGUGACUAUGCUCGUCGUACUAAAAUCGUUGCAACCAUUGGACCCAAAACACAAACCGUUGAAAUGUUAUCAAAAUUAAUUCGAGCUGGUGUGAAUGUGAUUCGUAUGAACUUUUCUCAUGGUUCUCAUGAUUUUCAUAAACAAACAGUCAUGAAUACUCGUCUUGCUGCCUCUCAAUGUGACAAUGCUAUUGUUGCACUCAUGUUAGAUACAAAAGGACCUGAAAUUAGAACAGGUUUAUUAGAACCUGAAUUCUGUCCAGAUGGAAUUGAAGUCAAGACAGGACAAUUGAUUGAUUUUUAUUGUUGUCAAAGUACUGAAGAAUAUGCAACACUGAAAGGAAAGUACUUGCCACAGAAUGAAUGGUUGUCCAAUAGUAGUAAUGAAUACGAUCGAUUGAAUGAAUUGAGUUUAAAUGCUCAGAGAAUGGUCAACAGUGGCACAAGUUCCAAACAACAGCAACCACCACAACAGCAACCACCACAAGGAGGAACAAUGAACUCAGCCGCGGUCGUAGCUGAUCAGAUCUUUAUGGCGGGAAGUGGAACUGCCAAUACUGCCACGACUCCAUCAGGAGGUUCUUCUUCUUCCUCACUCCAAUUGAACAAUCUCAUUACACUCUCUCCAAAUCUACCACCCAUUUCCAUUCCACUCGAUUACAAGACCAUGUAUCGUGUCGUGAAACAAGGUGAUAAUGUACUCAUUGAUGAUGGUCUUAUUGCCACCAAAGUCAUUGAAUGCAUUCCUGAAAAGUUCCUUGUUCGUUGCAUUGCCUUAAAUGGUGGUUUGAUUGGUGAAAAGAAGGGAUGUAAUUUACCUGGUGUUAUUGUUGAUUUACCUGCAUUGACUGAGAAGGAUAUUGGUGAUUUGAAAUUUGCUGUUCAACACAAUGUUGAUUUCAUUGCAGCAUCUUUUAUUAGAAAAGCUGAAGAUGUUUUGGCCAUUCGUAAAUGUUUGGGUUCACGUGGACAAGAAAUUAAAAUUAUUUCCAAAAUUGAAAAUCAAGAAGGAUUGGACAACUUUGAUGAGAUAUUACAAGUCUCAGAUGGUAUCAUGGUAGCACGUGGUGAUAUGGGUGUUGAAAUUCCACUCGAACAAGUGACAUUGGCUCAAAAGAUGAUUAUUGCUAAAUGUAACAUUCAUGGAAAACCAGUGAUUACUGCCACUCAAAUGUUAGAAUCAAUGAUUAAGAAUCCUCGUCCAACACGUGCUGAAGUGACUGAUAUUGCCAAUGCUGUAUUUGAUGGUACAGAUAGUGUCAUGUUGAGUGGUGAAACUGCAAAGGGUGAUUAUCCUGUUGAAGCAGUGUCUACCAUGUCUCGUAUUUGUGUUACAAGUGAAUGUUUAUUGGAUGAGAGAAAGACAUUCAAUAUGAUACGUGAAGCUGUUUUAGAAUUGAAGGGUAAAAUUAGUGUCACUGAAACUAUUGCUAGCAGUGCAGUUAAAACUGCCAAUGACAUUCAAGCAGGUCUCAUCAUUACCAUCACAGAGACUGGUAAUACUGCUCGCUUAGUGUCCAAGUAUAGACCUAAUCCACCAUGCAUUGCUGUCACUCAAAAUAAGGCCACUGCACGUCAAUUAAUGGUUUCACGUAAUGUAUUUCCUGUGGUUGUAGGAAGUGUGAUUGGCACAGAGACUGUCAUUGCUCGUACCAUUGAGAGUGCAAAGGAGAAGAAGUAUGUGGAAGAGGGACAAUAUGUUGUCGUGACCAGUGGACAUAUUGAAGGUGUUGCUGGACAGACAAAUAUUUUGAAGGUUUUCACUGCUUGA